CGAUUUCCCGUAGAAUCGAAUCGAACCCCGCUUUAUCUUCUCGGACUAUCAGAGGCGUUGAACGAGUUGACUCUUUGACUCACGAGUCACACAACAUGACGAGAUCGAUGAAGCUCAAGAAACGAUCGCGCUUGAAGAAAGAGGUAAAAUCAACGAUAGAGAAAGAUAAUGGUAGGAGACAUAAAAUCACUAAGUACUGGAUUCAACGUUACGAUCUCUUCUCAAGAUAUGACCAAGGUAUCGAAAUGGAUGAAGAAGGAUGGUACUCUGUGACUCCUGAAGAAAUCGCAAUCAAACAAGCUCAGAGAUAUCGUGGCAAAGUGGUGAUUGAUUGCUUCUCAGGCGUUGGUGGUAACACUAUUCAAUUUGCUAAAGUGUAAACCUUUUUCUAUCUCUCUCAAUAUCAAGAAGAUUGUGAUGUUUUUCUAAAGGACUCUUUUUUAUAUAGAUGUUCUUCUGUUGUUGCUAUUGACAUUGAUCCGGUGAAAGUUGAAUUGGCGAUGAACAAUGCCAUGGUUUAUGGAGUUGCUAAUCGUGUUGAUUUUGUCAUUGGUGAUUUCAUACAAUUAGCUCCUUCUCUCAAAGGAGAUGUAGUGUUUCUUUCACCACCAUGGGGAGGACCAAUGUAUAGAGAUUUUGAGAGUUACAAUUUGGAUAUGCUUCAACCAAGAGACGGGUACUCAUUGUUUCAGAUUGCUCAGUCCAUUACACCUAACAUCAUUAUGUUUCUACCGCGAAAUGUUGAUUUAGCACAAGUGGAAGAACUAGCUUGGCUCUCGUCGCCUCCGUUAAAUCUUGAGAUAGAAGAAAACUUUGUUGGAGGCAGAAUGAAAGCUGUAACAGCUUAUUUUAGUUGCAAUGCAGUUUAGUUUAGAAAUGGGAACCAUUACAUUAAAAGGAAGUAUCUUUUAGCAUCAGCAUUAGAGGAACUGAUAAUUGAAUACUCUUAUUAUUCACUAUCUGUUCUUACAAUAUUAUAAUUUCUUGAAAAGAUUUCUUAUACUAAUUCCAACAAAGAUACAAAACUGUCAUUCGAAUUUUGAAUUGUCUUCUAUCUUACUUUUAGUUUGUAACUAAAAAAUAGAACAUUAGAAAAGGAGUAACCAGAUAAUGAAUGACAAGUUGAGGAGUAGUCGUAUGAUGAGUCCUCCAUAGUAAAGGAGGAACUGUGGGUUCUGCAAGAGGAGCAAAGGGUUAGGUUCCUUUUGGGAAUUUUAAGGGUACAUAGAGUCAAUACUUCUCAAACUCAAGCACCUUGAGCUCCUAGAGGAUUUGAUAUCCCACUUAUGAACUUCCAGCCUCAAGGGUCCUUCCAAAACUGGUUCUGCAGCGCUAUCAAAAUCCUAGGUUGACAGAGCCAGCUAGAUCUUCAACAGCACUAGUCAUGAGACUCAUGACUCAUAUAACAAGCUUCCCAAUUACCGGAGGUUUCCCUUUUGUCAAGAUCCAAAGCAGAAGAUUCGUUUCUCCUCUCAUGUGUUUUGAAACUUGCUUCUUCCUUUGUCAAAACGAUUAGAACGCUUGUGUAUAUAAUUUCAUCUGAAUACUAAUUUUCAUGAAUAUUUUUUCAAAUACAAAGACUAUUAUCA